AUGGGCGGCCAGGUGAGCGCUGCCAGCAGCUUUCGGAACCUGCGCUGUGGGAACGCCAACGCGGACUGGAUGUCGGGGCUGUGCCCCCAGCUGUGGGACGUGCCCCUCCACCACCUCUCCAUCCCAGGGCCGGCCGAGUGGGGUCUGCCCUCCCGGCUCCCUACCUCGUUCAGCAUGAGGGGGCUGGUUUUGAAAUGCAACAUGGAGCAAGAUAAGGAGACAGGAAAGGGACCCAAUGGUGUCUCUUUUAAAGGAGGUCAUAACCAGCGGGUUCAGGUGCUGGACGUCACGGAGCAGCUGGACGCCGGCGUGCGCUACCUGGACCUGCGGAUUGCACACGCACUCGAGGGCUCAGCAAAGAACCUGCACUUCGUGCACAUGAUGUACACAACCGCGCUGGUAGAGGUGUGGCUGGGCCCGGGAGAUGGAGGGAUGAGCAGCUCGUGCAGUGCAGGCCGAGACGCUGCUCGAACAUUUGCACAAGUGCUGGACGUCACGGAGCAGCUGGACGCCGGCGUGCGCUACCUGGACCUGCGGAUUGCACACGCGCCUGAGGGCUCGGCAAGCAACCUGCACUUCGUGCACAUGAUGUACACAACCGCACUGGUAGAGGACACGCUCACGGAGAUCUCGGAGUGGCUGGAGAAGCACCCCCGGGAGGUGGUCCUCCUGGCCUGCAGGAACUUUCAGGGCCUGAGCACGGACCUGCAUGAGUACCUGGUCACUUGCAUCCAGAACAUCUUUGGGGACAUGCUGUGCCCACGGGGGGAGGUGCCGACGCUGCGCCAGCUGUGGGCGCAGAGACAGCAGGUGAUCAUCUUCUACGAGGACGAGGACACCGUGAGCCGGCACAGGGAGCUGUGGCCGGGGGUCCCCUACUGGUGGGGCAACAAAGUGAAGGUGCAGGAGCUGAUCCGCUACCUGGAGGACAUGAAGAGCUGCGGCCGCCCAGCUGCUGGUCUGCGGCUCCAGGGCGCAAACGCGAGCGCCCCGUAUUGA